CCGCAUUCAAACAGCGAGUAUGGUGCUGAUUACUACUCAAUCACGAUGGCAUCACCAAUUGGGAAUCUCAUCGCUCUUGCCCUUCUGGGCUUCACAGCUGCUGUUCCAACCCUCGAGAAACGAGCAUGCCCUUCCAUGAAGGCGGCAUAUACGCCCGUGAUGGGCUCUGGAUACACCGCUACCGUCAUCGCCAACGGCAUGAAAGCACCACGAGAGAUCAUCUUUGAUCCUCUCGGUAACUUGCUCGUUUUGGAUCAAGGAGGUUUAGGCGUGCGCUGGGUUCAGAUCACCGAUAAUGGUGGCCUUGAUGUCUGUGGUGCUACGGCGAAGACUAUCGUUUCCGACAGUACUUUGAACCACGGGAUGGAACUUACUGCAGAUGGCAAAACUCUUUUUACUUCUAGUAUCGCUAGUGUCUUUGCAUACGACUACAAUGCCGCCACUGGUGCAGCCACCAAUAAGCGUGCUGUUAUCACGGGCAUGACCAUCAACGGCCCGUAUCAUCUCACUCGCACGCUCUUCAUCCCGAAACAAAAUCCAGACCUUCUCCUUGUCCAGCGGGGUUCGAACGGGAACAUUGACAGCGCAACAGUCGAUGCUACAUCUGGAAGAUCUCAAGUGCGCAUCUUCAAGAUCGCAGACUUACUUGCUGGAAAAGCAGUGGACUAUUCCACGAACGGCGAUGUCCUUGGGUUUGGGCUCCGCAACAGCGUCGGAUGGGGACAACAUCCCACCACUGGGGAUAUCUGGUCUGUUGAAAACUCCGCGGAUGACAUCAAGAAGAACUCUGUCGACAUCCAUACUAACAAUCCCGCUGAAGAGCUCAACUACCAUGGGUCAAUCAAUAGCACUUCUAACUCCCUUCACGGCGCGAACUACGGCUACCCCAAUUGUUUUUCAGUCUGGGACCCCACCACGCUCUCCGGCACUAUCGGCAUGCAAACCUCCAUCGACCUCUCAGUCAAAAAGCUCAGCGACGCAGACUGCGCCAAAAUUCAAGCACCCAAGCUCGUCUUCCCUGCCCACACUGCACCGAUUGACAUCAAGUUCAAGAAAGAUGGCUCAGCAGCCUACAUCUCAUUUCACGGGUCGUGGGAUCGCAACCCACCUGACGGCUACCGUGUCAGCAAAGUGUUGUUCAAGAACGGCUUCCCGGUCGAGCCCAGCACGAGCACUAGCGCGGCCGUAAACAUCAUGUAUAAUGCCAACAAUGGAGCAUGCCCGAAUAGUUGCUUCAGACCCGCCGGGUUAGCUUGGGAUAGCAAGGACAGGUUGUUUAUGAGCAGUGACAGCACUGGGGAGAUUUUCAUUAUUGGAGGGACGUAA